ACACUGGCGGCAUAGAUUAAUGGCAAUGAGUUUUAUAUAUGAUAUUCGUCAUCCAGAUCAAAAGUAUCCCGCGCAAGCAGCAUGUUACUUUUUGCAAGCUCUCAUACACGAUUCCGUACAGGAAAGACAGAUUGCUACGAAAAUAGUGGCAUGUAUGUUGAACCAACAACAGCGAAAACGUCGAAAGGUAAAAGUUAAGUUACACUGUCUAUCUAAGAAGAAUACCUUAACCAAAAAACAACAAUCACAACCUGUCACGUGUGGGAUAAGACCUGAUAAUAUGUGGCUGCAGUACAAUUAUAAAACUCGCCCGCUCACCGCUGAACAGUGGGAUGAGCCUAGAUAUGUCCAUGAAGAAUACACCGGUUAUUAUGUUUGGCCAAAAGUCUUGAAGGUAGACGCUCCUUCGUCUAAGCAGCCUUGUCUUGACCCGGCAACGCGCGAGCUAACAGAUUGCGAAAAAGAAGUUCAUCUUUUCUUCGAUAAUCCGAAGAACGUCGAAAAACUUAUAAAUUACUUCAGUGAAGACAACGUAGUCAUAUUCGACUUCUAUAGAUAUUUGCUGUUCAAAGGCUUGUUUUGCAAUCAUGGGAUCGUCCAUUUGAAGCAUUUUCUACCUCAUUUGCAGCGAUUAGUAAANGAUUNNCACGAGAGUAGUCAACGAUGUGCCGCAGAAAUCAUAGCCGGACUCAUCAGAGGUGCUAAAAANUGGCCAUUUCAGAUGACAUGUGAUAUGUGGCAGGCGAUGUUGCCCAUCAUUAGAACUGUAAUAUCGAAUGCGACAAUGGAUACUAUUGUGAACUGGAAAAAGUGCUUNUCNNAGUCACAGAAAGACAUAGAUCCGAAUAGGUCUCACUGGUUGUUGGAAUGUCUUAUGGAGGAAUCGUCUUUAGAAAAAACUUCGUUCACACAAACCACACGAUUGGACAUACUACAAAGUGUCCUCAAACAAGCUACAUGGCGAAAAACAGAACUGCUGGGUCGUUUGGUAACGCGUUUAGAAAAUCAAAUAGUAACCAAUCUCAUGCAAAGUGUUCGCAACACUAUCGGAUCGAUGCUAGUUACUAUAUUCACGGCCGAUCUUAAAAUUUCACGCAACUCAUUUGAUUCCAUAACUCCGCGAAUACAAAGUUUAAUAAACAAGAUUUUGCCGCAUUUAAACCAACUCAUAAGAAAUGAUGAUGCGAAUAAAUCUGAGAAUCCGGAAAAAACAAAAGAUAUACAUGACAACACAGCUAAUCUUACACUUGAUGAAUCGAACCACAUAUCUCUACAAGAUGAAAUACCUAUAGAAAUCUUGAAAAUUGUAUGCACGUGGAUUGACUGUACUUUCUUUCACACAAUGUUUUGUGCACUGCCAGAAUUUUAUCAGCUAUUCCCACUUAUAUGUGAAGUAGGAACUUCGAAAAAUGAUGAAGAACUCUAUAAUUUGUGUUUAACCGCUCUAGGACCACUCGCACAAGCACUCGUACUGCCCGAAGAUAUGUCAACUAUAUUGACAACAGUGAAAACAACAUCCGAACAUUUAUCAUGGUCUGUUAGACUUGACUGUUUAGAGUAUCUGCAAGUACUGGUCUUCCACAAUAUGAGCAUAAUUCUUAGUGACAACACAUGGAUCGAUUGCGUAACAAAUAUUGUAUUGCGCUUAUUAGAGGAUGAUCGUCUUAAAGUCAGAGAGAAAGCUAGUGAAGUACUCAGUGGUUUGAUACACUGCACAUGUAUCACGGACAAUGAGAAAUUACUGGAGGAAUUUAAAAGAAAAACGAAGACGCGAUUGUACGACAAGAAGAAACCUUGUAAAUAUGUUUCGGGAAUUGCUACAAGUGCGAUACGUUUACGUCAUUCUGGUGUGCUUGGAUUGUGCGCUUUUAUUACUGCUCAUCCCUAUAAUGUACCUGAAUAUGUACCUUCAAUUGUCGAACAUCUUAAUUGCCAUAUGAACGAUCCACAACCUAUACCGACGACAAUAAGAAAAACUUUGGAGGAUUUUAAACGAACACAUUUCGAGACCUCGGCUGGAAUAGAGCAUUGUGCGCAACAUUUCACGGAUGACCAAUGGGACAUUUUACAGAAUAUAACAAUAUCACUGUCGUAGUACGCUUGAUUGGGGAAUUGACAUUACAAUACAACUAGCAUAGAGAUACAUUAACUAUGAACAAAGUAUAUGAUGUCUUGCAACUAACUGCCCAAUAUGUUCAGCAUAGAUUUCUUAAGACUUUCUUAAAAGACAAAAUUGUAAUUUAAAACUGCCGAGGUAUACUAAAAUACUCUUUAUAAAAUACAAACAAUGAAAAAUUGCCAAUCAUACUGCUGUACCAUAAUGCUCUAAUAUAACAUUCUAGUUCUUUAAUUAGAGCAUAUUUAGGUAUAU